CACCAACCCACUUUAUCUUUUGUCCCGCCAUCGCUUGACCAACCUGCCAAUUUACAAGCAACCCAAUUUCUCCGUUUCUGCCGUAUCUGCCGUGUCGGAUCAAGAACUGAAAGCCGUCGACCUUUAUGGUUCUCUACUAUCGGGCUUCAAAUCACCUCCGCCUCUCACAACCGGCAUGAGCGGACGGUUAAUAUCAGCGGUCGGGCGCCUCCCGGCGAUGCGUUCGGCCUCGGUUCGAGUUAUACGACAAUAUCAUCAGCUGCCCUCUGGCGGUCUCCUUCGUGCUGAUGCCGCUGUUCGUGCAACCCGCCGGCGGAUGUGGUUCCCGGUGAACUCAUUCCACAAUGCCGUUACCGUACGCAAUGCGUCCUUCGCUCGUUUCCUACCGAGGUUGGUCGUCAAAUUUAUAAGGAUACCCGCUAUGGCAGGUGGUGUGAUGAUCGGUGGACUGGCUUGGGUACAGUAUCAGGCUACACAGGCCGGGAAUUAUGCCUGGGAUAUAGUCAUUAACACGAAAGAUACCGUUACAAACACAGCGACAGGUCUGUUCGAUGGUGCAAAGGGUAUUGCCGACCAGACGAUGCAAGGGUGGCGAAACACGAAAGAGAAAGUCGAGUUACCUGAGUGGAUGCAGAAUCUUUUAACGGUUCAAGAAGAGAUAGGAACUGGAAAACAAGGUGAUGGACCUGGUGGCGAGGAGCCGCCAAAACAAAGCAGAGCAGGUGCCGCAGCUGCUGUCGGCGCCAGUGCUGCCGCCUACGGUUACGAUCAGUCUUCCGACGAUGAUCCGCGAAGUGCUGAUGAGAUGGCUAAGGACGACCAGAUGAUGGUCUUGACUAAAAAGAUGAUUGAAAUUCGCAAUAUUCUGGCAAGAGUUGGACAGUCUAGCACUCUAACUUUGCCCUCUAUCGUCGUCAUUGGAUCGCAGUCAUCUGGAAAGAGUUCUGUGCUCGAAGCUAUUGUAGGACACGAGUUUUUGCCAAAGGGGUCAAACAUGGUUACUCGAAGACCUAUUGAACUCACCCUUAUCAAUACACCCGACUCGGAUGCCGAAUUUGGUGAAUUUCCGGAUUUGGGGUUGGGAAAGAUCUCAGACUUCUCCUCAAUCCAGCGAACUCUGACAGAACUGAACCAGGCUGUUCCAGAAAGUCAGUGCGUAUCGGACGACCCCAUCCGACUGUCUAUUUCGUCGCCGAACAUCCCGGAUCUCUCAUUGAUCGAUCUCCCUGGCUACAUUCAAGUCGUUGGUCAAAACCAGCCUUUAGAGCUCAAACAGAGAAUAUCUGAGCUCUGCGACAGAUAUAUACAACCUCCAAAUGUCAUAUUAGCCAUUUCAGCCGCUGAUGUCGAUCUAGCUAAUUCUGCAGCUCUGAGAGCUAGCAGAAGGGUUGAUCCAAGAGGCGAGCGGACCAUAGGUGUCGUUACGAAGAUGGACCUAGUUGAUCCUACUCGAGGAGCCUCUAUCCUAGGCGAUAAGCAAUAUCCUCUUCGGUUAGGUUACGUUGGCGUUAUAUCUCGUGCGCCUGUAUCGACUGGUUUAUUCAAGAAGGGUAACGCUAACGUCACGUCCGCUGUUACUCGCAACGAAAAUUCAUUUUUCUCAAGCCACCCAUUAGAAUUUGGCCCCAGUUCGGAUGUCCAAGUUGGGACAUCAACACUACGCAAGAAGCUCAUGCAUGUUUUAGAACAGACUAUGUCAGCUAGUCUACAGUCGACGAGCGAUGCGAUACGGCAAGAACUUGAAGAGGCCACUUAUGAGUUCAAAGUGCAAUAUAACGACCGACCAUUAUCCGCUGAGUCAUACCUAGCUGAGAGUUUAGAUGCUUUCAAGCACUCUUUCAAGCGGCUUACCGAGGAGUUUGGCCGGCCUGAAAUGCACGAGCUUUUAAAGAACGAGCUUGAUCAACGGAUGCUUGACCUACUAGCAGCUAGAUACUGGAACAAGCCUAUUUACGAUCUGAGCGUUCCCAUCGCCGAGCCUAACAGUCUCGUCGAUCUCCCUAAAGCGGAUCCGAAUUCUCUUUACUGGCGAAGGCAACUUGAUGCUUCUACUUCAGCGCUCACGAAACUUGGUGUUGGUAGACUGGCCACUAACGUGGUAGCCGGCUCUAUCCAAUCUCAGGUUGAUGCUCUAAUCGGCCAAUCAACUUUUGUGAAUCACCCAUUUGCGCGCCAGGCGAUCACCGAGGCUGCUUCGACUAUCUUGAAUGAUAGGUUCUACAGCACUAGCGAUCAAGUAGAAAAUUGCAUCAAGCCUUUCAAAUUCGAGAUUGACAUGGAAGAGCGCGAAUGGACCGCAGGCCGAGACCAUGUCCAAGGUGUCUUGAAAAAGGAGCUGUCUGCCUGCGAGGGUGCCAUGAAAGAGCUCGAGACAACAGUUGGCGGACGAAGGAAGCUAAAGGAGGUUAUUAACUUCGUUGACAAGGCUAGGAGAGGCGAUGUAAUAGUUGAAGGCGAGGACCGCAGUGGCGCGGGAGGUUUUAGUGCCGAGUUGCUUUCUCGAGGACGAGAAGCCGUCUUUCUACGCGAUCGUGCAGAUAUCAUCAAGAUGCGAAUUCUUGCGGUCAAGUCAAAACAAUGCGCUAACAUCAAGAAUAAAUAUCACUGCCCAGAGGUUUUCUUGGAUGCAGUCGCUUCGAAACUUGCGUCUACCGCUGUCCUUUUCUUAAACGUAGAGCUACUUUCGGAGUUCUAUUACAACUUUCCGCGAGAAUUGGACCUGCGACUUGGACGCCAUCUAUCGGAUGAUCAGGUAGAAAAGUUCGCCAAGGAGGACCCCAAGAUCAAGAAGCAUCUCGAGGUCAUCAGGCGUAAGGAGCUUCUAGAGCUAGUGCUCGAGAAGAUGGAGAGCCUUAGACAGCUCGAAGGCUUAGAAAAGGAAAGGUCGAGGGGCAUAAAGAAGGGAGGGGAUAAGGAACGUGGACGAUGGGGGCUCUUUUGAGUGUAUACAACAUCCCUCGGUUACUUCUAACGAAUUAUCAUGACGGGGAGAGGAGUUAAAAAGGUUGCUUUAGCGGUCAUUGUGCGUGCUUAGAUAAAUUUCCAAGUCCCAACUCGAUGGUCGGCUACGUUGCCAACAUGUUCGUGAUGUCACAUAGAUUUGAUCCCCCCUUUCUU